AUGAAGUUAUCUUUUGUUAGAGCUGCUCUUAUUUUCACUCUAUUACCCUCAGCUUUAGGUAAACCAGCUGUUAUAGGAAAAAGUGGAUCACUUGAGCUGGUAGCUGAUAGAUUAGAAAUAGAGAAGGAAGUUGUACCUGAUAUUAAUGUUGUCGUGGAAAACAAGAAACCAAAUAAGGAAGUAGACGGGGACACAAGCCCAGACUUAGAAAGUAAAAAGGUAAAGGAGGGUGUUACUUCAGAAGAAGAAGGGGAAGUGAAUGUGGAACAAAAGGUAGUGGUUUCUGACGUAGAAUUACCUGAAGAAUUAAAAUUAGCUGAUUUUGCUCAAUCUACUAGUGGCCAACUUUCAUUUGUUGAAUUUUAUUCACCUUACUGCUCUCAUUGUAAGCAAUUAGCUCCAGUAUGGGAAGCUACAUAUAAGGAGUUUUAUCUUGAGAUGAAAGAAUUAAAUAUUCAAAUGAGACAGGUUAAUUGUGUCGAGAGUGGUGACUUAUGUGAUAAGGAAAAUGUUGAUUCUUUUCCAAGUUUAAGGCUAUACGUUCCAGAUACCGAUAAAGUUACAGGAGAACCAAUUGAAGACAAGCUGAGAUUUGUUGGUUCAUUUCCCAGAUCUCUAAUGAGAACAGCUGACAAUUUUAAGAAAUAUAUGAAGAAUGCUGUCGCUGAAUAUGAUUCGGGUGCGAUAAAUUUGCCUAGUUCAUCACACUUAUUAACUGUGGAUGAAUUAUUAAAGGUUGUUGCUGGUGAUAUCGAACAAGCUCAUUUUGUAGCCUUCUUCCCUUCAACUGAUAAACAAUGGAAAGAAAGUGAUGCUCAAAGCAAAAAUUUAUUUCCAUCCACAUGUAUCGAUUGUUACGAAUAUAAACAAAUUUGGGGUAGAUUGUCAAAUCAAAUAUUGAGUACGGUUAAGUCAGCCCACGUUAAUUGUCGUUCUAACCCAAAUAUUUGUGAAAAAUUGGGUUUCAGGGAUUUGACUACUGGAUCUGGAAGACCGAGACCUCCUAGAUUUGCGAUGUUUUUACCAGAAAAGACUGGGAUAGUUAGGUUUGAUUAUGAGGGAGCCUAUACGUUAGCAGACUUGAAAGCUUUUGCAAGUCGGUUAUACGAGAGUUCUCAAUAUGAAAAGAUAUCUGCUGCCACGUUAUCGGAGGUAAUGGAGUAUAGAAAUAAUUUACCUUUUGCACCUUUGAAAUCUUAUUAUCCUUUAAAUAAUAAGAUAUCAGUAGUCUUUUAUUACGAUGAAGAAACGGUAACAGAAGAGGAUAGGGCGAUUUUACCAUAUUUAUUGGAGUAUGUAAUGAAGUCACCUUUUAAUGUUUACCUAUACACAGCAAAGAAUAAAAAAUUUGAGAAGAAUGUUGUAACCCAGGCAGAAAACCUAGUGGAAUUUAUAAACUAUGAUGAUGACUUACAGCCAAAAAAAUUCGACAAGGCCAUGCACCUUGCUACGACCCUAACAGCUAAACCAACUAUAUUGGUUUACAGAGACAAUACGUUAUUCACGAGUAUAUACCAAAACUUUGCACCUGAAGAUAUGAGAAAUUAUAAUAAGAUCGAUGAAUUUAUUAAGAAGAAUCAGUUCCCAUUAUAUCAGGAAUUGACCCCCGAAUUAAUGGAACAUUAUUUCAAUUCUAAUACAGAAGAGGCGGCUGCCGAUAAGGUUGUAGUUACAUUUAUUAAUUCUGAGGACGCUAGAAGUACAAACGAAGCACUCUACAACAUGUCGUUAAUUGCCCAUGAUUAUUAUUAUUUGAAAAAAGAAUAUUAUUUCAAUGACAUGACGAAGCGUAGAGAAGCCAAGACUGAAAAUGCAGCUCGUUUACAACAAAAAAAUGCUGAUAGUAUCAAGGUUAUUAAAGAAAUGAGAAGGAAAGUUCCUCAUUUCUUCGACUCACACGAAGUUGUGUUCACAUUUAUCGAUGUCUGCAACCACCCGAACUUGGCUAAAGCACAAGGAUGGGACAUUAGUCAGGCCGAUUACAAACCCGGCGAUGCAAUUAUCGUGACUAAAGAUGAUAGAAAAUACUGGGACACCAACAUUUUCGGUAAAAAGUUGACCAAUGACCCAUUUCAAUUGAAACCAGUAUUGCAAUAUUUAUUAGACCCAGAAUUAUUAUUCGGCAAAGUGCAUGAAAGAGAUAUCAGAUUGACUUCCAAAUUGGUCGGCAGUCCAUAUGGUGAUAAAUUGAGAUUUAUGGAUGGGGUUCACAGACACGGAUUCUUUGGGUAUCUUUUCUUGGUUAUUGCCGUGUACUCACUAGUUACUGGUUUCAGAAAAUAUCUUGCCAUAAGAAGAAAAUAUGCCACCAAGACAACAACUGGCUUGGGAAUAAUAGGCAACCUCGAUAAAAAAGACUAA